AUGGUCGAAGCGAAAGACAACGACGAGCUAGACGGCAAUACCGGCAGCGAGAACUACACAAGCGAAGAGAAGCGCCAAGGAGAGAGACAUUUGAUCUUCUAUGAUCCGUGCAUAUGCGUGAAUAGAAUCCCUCUGCCAAGUGGCUCAGCCUUUGGUAAAAGAGGCUUGCAAGACCUGGCUCAAGCCAAUACUUUUCUCCAUCCAUUCUUGGGCGGACCUCAUGGGGAGUUAAUUAGUGGUGAGUGGGCCAUCAAGCGAGGGGGAAGUGCUACUAGGCUGUCAAAGAUGCCAAGGGUGUGUUGUAACGGUAUCCAGAUGCCUACCACUUCUGGAAACAAAGUAGAGGAGGUCAGUGACACGAACAGACAAAGUGGUGAUUCUACGGAUGUAUGGGAUGCUACCUUCAGUACCCGUGGUAAGCGCCAGCUCAUCAUUGGCCUGACACGUUUCUUGCAGACCGCGAUGGCACUACAGCGGCCAAUGUAUGUAUCCCGACCAUCCACAGAGAGGAACGGCACACCCGUGGGCGUACACUCCCAAAUGGUCGUACCUUUCACCGCAGCACAAAAGCCUCGUCGUACACGGCAAGACCCAAAAGUUCCCGAAUUGAAAUUCAAGUGGUCACCGGAAGGCCUUUGGAAUCCAAUUCUUAACCAUAACGGCAGCACAAAUGGACUUUUUUGGGCCUAGCAGCGAGACCUGGUUCACCUGGUUCAACACCCCUCA